CAGAUCAUUUUUGAACCAUGGAUAUAUUCGACACAGAAAAAUUUAUUAUGUUGGUGCAAAAUUGGACGUGUUUGUGGGAUGUUUCUGAUAAGGAAUAUAAAAAUCGCGAUGAAAAAAUUAAUGCUUGGCAGGAGGUUUUGGAAAUGUAUUCGGAUCAAAAUUUGUCGACUCCGGAAGAAAUAAGAUUAAAAGGGACAGAACUUCAAAAGAAAUGGAAAAACAUUAAAGACCGUUUUAUUAAGGAUCUCAAAGGUGAUUCGAAAAGCGGCUCAGCAGCAUCAAAAAAGAAGAAGUACGUUUUCUUUGAUAUGCUGCAGUUUCUGGUUCCUCAAAUAUUAGACAGCUCAGAAAAUACUGAAGGAAAUGAAGAUGGUUCUGAAGAGGCCAGACCAGCACCGCAUUUCAACCAAAGAGCAGCAAUGCCGAACACAAUCUCCAGAAAAAAAGCAUCGUUUGAAGACAAAUUGUUGAUACUUCUAGAAAACAGGCAGCCUCCACAGCCCCUGGAAGAUGACGACGAUUUAAAUUUCUUUAAAUCGUUGUUACCAAUGGUUAAAACCUUGAACCCGCAACAGAAAAUCAAUUUGAGAGUAGAAAUACUGCAAGUUCUCCAAAGAGUUUUAAAUCCUCAGCCCUCUUAUCAUAAUCAGUUCCAAUCAGCUACAUAUAUUCCGCCAGUUUCUCAGCAAAUUUUUCACCAAACCAUUCCUUCCACAUCAUUCUGCGUUCACCCAUCACCAUCAAACCCCUCUGCUUUGUAUGACAGCCGCCCGUGUACCUCUCGUUCAUUACAACCUAUACUUUCACCCACAGAUUCCUAAUCGUCCGACUACAGUGAAAUUUUACCUUGUAGAUUUUGUUUAACUUUGUUCCAUAACUAAGAAUAAAAUAUAAUUAUCUUA